GUAAGUGAAUAGAUUGAACAUUAACUUUUAUGAUCAUGUUAUUCUCGAUUGCUUUUUUCUUUUCAGGUUACGUGUUAACAGCUGCUCAUUGCUUCUUAGAUCAAGAACUACAAUCAGUCCGUUUGGGAGAACACUACAUAAGUCAGGAAAGAGAUUGCAGGGGACAUUUUUGUGCGCCGCCAGUUGAGGAUAUUGACAUUGAACGUAUUUUUGUGCAUGAAAAAUACUCGCGUGUUACUCGUCAUAAUGAUAUUGCUCUAGUAAAACUCUCGAGAGACGUGGAAGUCAAAGAAAACAUUGCGCCCAUUUGUCUGCCCACCAAUUAUGAUCUUCAUCAAAAUGUCAAUAAUAUGAGGUAA